GAAAUGGGGGACAAAGGACAGAAAGGCAGCAUGGGACGGCAUGGAAAAAUUGGUCCUAUUGGUUCAAAAGGUGAAAAAGGAGAUAAUGGUGACAUAGGACCACCAGGUCCUAAUGGUGACCCAGGCAUCCCCUGUGAGUGCAGCCAGCUAAGGAAAGCUAUUGGUGAAAUGGAUAUCCAAGUGGCCCAGCUGACAACGGAACUAAAAUUCAUAAAAAAUGCUGUUGCUGGUGUGCGUGAGACAGAUAAUAAGAUAUAUCUGCUGGUGAAGGAAGAGAAAAGAUACAAGGAAGCCCAGCUCUACUGCCACGGAAGAGGAGGGACGCUGAGCAUGCCCAAGGAUGAGACUGCCAACAACCUGAUCGCCUCGUACAUCAACCAAGCCGGGCUCACCAGAGUUUUCAUUGGGAUUAACGACCUAGAGAAAGAGGGAAAUUUUGUCUAUUCUGACCGAUCGCCCAUGCAGACCUUCAACAAAUGGCGCAGUGGGGAGCCCAACAAUGCGUAUGAUGAGGAGGACUGUGUGGAGAUGGUGGCAUCUGGAGGGUGGAAUGAUGUUGCAUGUCAUAUUACCAUGUAUUUUGUGUGUGAAUUUGACAAAGAAAAUGUCUAAGCUUGCCUGCUCUUUCUUUUUUUUAAGAAAAGUUUU